AUGUACGCCGAUGACACAGUAAUUUAUUUUUCUGGUUCUGAUACCAAUGAGAUAAUGGAAACCCUUCAAAAUGAUCUAGAUCGUGUUGCACAAUGGAUGACGUCUAGUAGACUUGUUUUAAAUUACAGCAAAACUAAGGUUAUGCUUUUUGGAACAAAACAUAAACUUGGUCGUUUCGGAGACUUUACCAUCCAACUACAAGGCAAACUAGUUGAAAAAGUGCCAAAGUUUAGUUACUUAGGCGUAAUGCUAGAUGAACAAAUAUCAUGGAAGGAACAUACGGAAGAGAUCUGCAACAAAGUGAGCAAGCGAUUAGGUCUACUUUUGCGAAUACGGUCUUGCUUGACAAUUGAGGCAUCUAAAUGUGUUUACAAUUCAGUGGUGUAA